AAUUAAUGACAAUUUGAACCAUCAUAUUUUUAAACAUGUCUCUUUCGGUAACAUGUUUGUUAAAAAAACAAAACCGAUUGCUUACUUUUCUGAGUGUAAGACACAGAAGUCAACGAAGGAAUUUAGGUAAACCAAUUACUGCUGCCCAAACGUUAGAGGAAAGACUAGAAGAAAUGAAUUUCAAAGAUCCAAAAAUUCAUUUUAAAGUAGAUAUUGGAUUGCCUCAGCCCCUUAAAGAUAAAAAAAAAGAAACUGCUAAGCGAAUUGAAUAUUUAAAAAAUAUAAAAUGCAACGCAGAACUUGAAAAAUUAGCUAGAGACAACGAAUUACCUGUAUCACUGGAAGAAAUAUCAAAUGAUUGGUCAAAAACAAAUGCACCAUUGCAUAUUAAAAAAAUAGCAGAAUAUUAUGGUGUUUAUGAACAUUUAUUUGGAGAUGCAUAUUUUUUACCAUACAUUCAAAUGAAUAUAAAUUAUCAACAUGAUUCCCAAGAAGUUCCUGUCUAUCGAGGAAAUAUUAUCAAACCUUAUGAGGCUGUGAAUAGUCCUAAAGUAGAGUUUGAAGCCUCAGAAAAGUCAUUAUGGACAUUAAUGCUUACAAAUCCAGAUGGUCAUUUACAAAAAGAAAAUUCUGAAUAUAUCCAUUGGCUAGUAGGAAAUAUACCGGGUGGAGAUGUAACCAAAGGUGAAACUAUUAUUAGUUAUUUACAACCAUUUCCUGCAAGAGGAACAGGAUACCAAAGAAUGAUUUUCGUUCUUUACCAACAAACCUGUGAAAUAAAUUUUUCUUUCAUUAAGUCAGUUUCUGAAAAAAUAGAUCUGGACAAAAGAACAUUUAGUACUUUUAAUUUUUAUCAAUCUAAACAAGAUAUCAUAACACCUGCGGGAUUAGCAUUUUAUCAAACAGAUUGGGAUAAUUCAUUGACAGAGUUUUAUCACAAUAAACUCAUGAUGCCUGAACCAAUUUAUGAAUAUGAUUUUCCUUCUCCAUACAUUAAACCACAGAAAUGGUUCCCCCUCAAAGAACCAUUCAAUUUGUAUAUGGAUAAAUAUCGAGAUGAAAAACAAAUAGCAAAAGAAUUUUUGUUGAGAAAACUUAAAAAAACACAUCCGUUUCAAAAACCUGAACCAUCCCUCAAGUAUCCAUGUGCAGUUCCAUUUAAGAAAAGUACUCCAUCUUGGUUAAAACUAGAGAUGAAAAAAGAACGUCUAAGAUGGGGUCGUAUAAAUGAUUAUUAAAUAUAUUAUAAAUAAAGUUAAAAAUUUACAUAUUUG